UGAGCCGUAAGGAAACGUGGCUUUACGGCGCCGUGCACGCUGCAAGUGCGCGUUCAUAGCAUUCUUCAGUGGAUGAAUGAAGCGGAACCAUGUCUUCUGCCGAACCCGUGCCCGAGUCAGUCCCAGAGUCUCUCCCCGAGGCCCUGAACUCCAGCGCUGGUAAUGGCAGCGAUGCACUCAACGCCACAGUCCGGUUCACAGCCACACCAGAGGGUACGGCGCUGGCCUACGGCAGCCUGCUCUUCAUGGCCCUGUUGCCCAUCUUCUUCGGUGCCCUGCGCUCCGUGCGCUGUUCCAAGUCCAAGUGGUGUGGUGAGGAGCAGAAGGAGGACCAAGGCUUCAGAAAUGGAGGGGAAAUGCCAGAGACCAUUACGAGUCGAGACGCAGCACGAUUCCCCAUCAUUGCCAGCGGUACACUCUUUGGACUCUACCUGUUCUUUAAGCUGUUCUCUCAGGAGUAUAUCAACCUGCUCCUGUCACUGUACUUCUUUGUCCUGGGAGUCCUUGCUCUGUCUCACACCAUUAGCCCGUUGAUCGCUUCGGUUUUUCCGGCUUCUUUCCCAAACAAACCAUACCAGCUUCUGUUCACCCAAGGCACAGGAGAAAACAAAGAGGAGAUCCUGAAUUAUGAAUUUGACACCAAGACUUUGGUGUGUCUACUGCUCAGUUCUGUGGUUGGGGUGUGGUACCUGCUCAAGAAGCACUGGAUAGCCAAUAACCUCUUUGGUUUGGCAUUUGCCUUGAACGGAGUCGAGCUGCUGCACCUCAACAACGUCAGUACAGGCUGCAUCCUGCUGGGGGGACUGUUUGUCUAUGACGUUUUCUGGGUGUUUGGGACAAAUGUGAUGGUGACUGUGGCUAAGUCCUUUGAAGCUCCCAUCAAAUUGGUGUUCCCUCAGGACCUGUUGGAGAAGGGACUUGGAGCCAGUAACUUUGCAAUGUUGGGUUUAGGCGACAUUGUGAUUCCAGGAAUUUUCAUUGCUCUUUUGCUGCGCUUUGACGUCAGUCUGAAGAAGAACACUCGGACGUACUUCUACACCAGUUUUGUGGCAUACAUCUUUGGAUUGGUUCUAACUAUCUUCAUCAUGCACACAUUCAAACAUGCUCAGCCUGCGCUCCUGUACCUGGUCCCAGCCUGUGUGGGGUUCCCAGUGAUUGUGGCUUUGCUCAAAGGAGAACUCACUGAAAUGUUCAGAUAUGAGGAAGAGGCAAGUGAGGAGGCUGGGACAGACUCGGAGUCGGAGAAAAAGGACCAAUAGCUUCUCUUCUUUUAUUUUUAUGUAUUUCUUAUUCAUGCAAUGUUUUUUCCACGACAUUUCACUGAAGCCCCGCCCUCUUCCUGCUGGUUGUUAUGGGAACGGGGCUCAUGUGCCUAAACAGGGAGCCAAUACAUGGCCAGAACGCUUUGUCGGCUUCAGCUCUGCUUCAUGGACAUGUUACAGGAUCUUGUCAAAAAACUUUAGGGGUAAAGAAUAUAUAUUUAUUUGUUUUGCAAAGACUCGCCAUAGUUUAGAAUAAUGUUCCAAACUGUAGGAUGGGGAAAACUAAAUAUUUAAUUUAAAUUGAAUAUUGUAUUUUUGUCUGAUUCUAAUCUUGGAACUUUAAGAAUUCUAAGACUCUAGCAGGCCUGGGAACAGUGUGUCCUGGGAAGGUUGGAUAUAGAUUGAAUGUUUCUCUUAUAUUGGUCCUACAUAUAAUUUUAAUAGGGGGGUGGGGUCAGACUUUGUGCCAUAAAAGUGGGGAGAAAAAUAGAGAAUUGAUAAAAAUGGCUUCAGUAGUAAAUGAGGGGGGCCCUUUUUGUUAUUGUUCAGUAAAACACUUUGAGUUCCUGGUUCCUGUGAUGUCUUGAUUCCAAACCACAAAAGUGUUUGUAUGAGAUCUAGGAGGAAAUCAAAGUGUUGUAUAUUAAAAAGAACUUUUCCAGAUAUUUUCAGCCUAAACUUCUGUAGAACUCAUUUGUUGCAGCAGAAAAAGGGAAACUGCUCUGUGUUUGAUGUUCAUAAUAAAAGUGAAUGAUCUCAA